CACUAUAUGUGUCACUUUGAUGCCAGCUUGUUAACUGUGUCCUGGUUCUAUCCACAGUGAAAACACAGGGAAACGCUCUGCCUGCUUCAUCAGCACAUUUCAUUCACUGGUUGUGAUCAGGACAAAUGGAGACAACAGCAGUGUGUGACAUUGAUGUGGCGACCAGGAGAAUAGUGGGAGGCAGUGAUUCUCCUACGGACCUGGACAGCUCUUGUCAGGAAGAGGUUGCAGGGUUUGAUUUGGCCUUGUGCUGUGCUGAGGAGGAGAGAGGGGAAACUCCAGGCAGAGAGGAUAGUCCCAGUGAUCUGGGGGAGGCAGAGCUUGAUCCUGGAGGAGACCCCAAGAGUGGAGAAGACAAGGCCUUUGGGAAGGAGGUCGCUCUGUUGAUGCAGGCUCUGAAUUCUCUGGCCACUCCUGAAGAGAAACUGGCUGCUUUGUGCAAGAAAUAUGCCGACCUGCUGGAGGAGAGCCGCUGCAUGCAGAAGCGACUGAAAGCCCUGCAGAAGAAGCAGUCUCAGAUUGUGAAGGAGAAGAUCCACCUGCAAGGGGAGCACAGCAAGGCCAUCCUGGCCCGCAGCAAGCUGGAGAGCUUGUGCAGGGAGCUGCAGAGACACAACAAAACUCUGAAGGAUGAGAAUGCUCAGCGGUCCAGGGAGUACGAGGAGCAGCGGAAGGAGGCCAUGCUACACUUCCAGAUGACCUUGAGCGACAUUGAGGUGCAGAUGGAGCAGCACAGCUCCCACAACACCAAGCUGAGGCAGGAGAACAUGGAGCUGGCAGAGAAGCUGAAAAAGCUCAUCGAGCAGUAUGAGCUCAGAGAGGAGCAUAUAGACAAGGUGUUCAAGCACAAGGAGCUGCAGCAGCAGUUGAUGGACGCCAAGCUUCAGACAAUCACAGAGAUGAUGAAAGAAGUGGAAGAGAAGCAGCAGAGAGAGAGGGACUUUCUGCUGAAAGAUGCCACUGAGUCCAGACGCAAGUGUGAGCUAAUGAAGGAGCAGGAAACACAACUCAAACAACAGCUCUCCUUGUACAUGGACAAGUUCGAGGAGUUUCAGAGUACUCUGGCUAAAAGCAAUGAGGUCUUCACCACUUUUAGACAAGAGAUGGAAAAGAUGACAAAGAAGAUCAAGAAGCUGGAGAAGGAAACAACACAGUGGAAGACCAAAUGGGAGAGUAACAACCAGGCCCUGCUGCAGAUGGCUGAGGAGAAAACUCUGCGCGAUGGCCACUUCAAGGCCCUGCAGGGGAAGCUGGAGCUGCUGGAGAGGCUGUGCAGAGCGCUGCAGAAGGAGAGGAACGACCUGAACAAUCGGCUCAGCCUCCUGCAGGAGCAGGGAGACAAAGGGACCACAGCAGCUCCUGAAGACCAGCAACAGGAGCCUUUAGCGGAGGAGCAGGAAGAGCAGGAGGAGGAGGAAGGGGAUGGGGAGGAAAAGGAUGGGGAGGAAAAGGAUGGGGAGGAAAAGGAUGAGGAGGUGGGCUCGACACAGGGCGUCAGACAGGAGACAGAGGGCAUUCACCAAGAUCCCAGACCACCUGGACUUGACUCCUCUCCGGCUGCUACUGACAAAACCACUACUGCCACAACAAGCAGCCCUCCUGCAGACACACAGGACUGAGCCAGCCUACAUGUGUGUGAGUAUAGAGGAGAAGGGUGUGAUACUAGGGUUCCACACGCCUCCAGCCUAGUUCCAGAACUAGCCAGACAAACCAUCUUCAAUGGAGAUAUAGAUUUCCUCUGUUUUUUAAGUCUACACUUGCCUCUGCAGGUUUCUACACAGAAACUGAGCCUAUAUCUUUUUGUGUAAUUGUUUAAGAAGAAUAAAGGGACUUUAUCAAAGAUUCUAUUCUAAGAGUUAGCCCACGUUUAGGUUGGUUGUAAUAAUUGGCUUUGUGGCGAGCACUUUGUACUCCAUUUUCUACCAUAAGUGUAUUUUCAUAAGAAAUUUCCAUGCAGUCUAAUUGAAGCAGUUCAACGUCUUUAAUUUCUUUGGUCAAAUGGUCCAUCCCUGUGGUGUCUCAUCAGAAGUUCUCCAGUGAUUCAGUCCCAAGUGGGUCCGUCACAUGCUUUGUUUCGUAGGUUGGUGUGUUAAUGAGAUCUGAGGAGGAAGCAGGACCUAGUGUAGAGCAAGUACAAUGCAGAGUUGGCUCGUUUGACAUCUUCAUUGUUUAGAUCUUUUUUUUGUGUGUGGAUAAGGUGGUCUUUUGGAACCAGAAGUAUCUUAACAAAAUGAUCCUGUAAAUCCAUAUAAAAUGGCUACCUUGACCCACCUGUUUGCUAAUAACUAGUUAGCAUGCUACCCAUUACCACCAGGACCAUCACUUUUUGGCUACAGAUUUUCAAAUAUUUACUGUUUAGUAAUGAGUCUGAAAGCAAAAUUCUAAAGUGCACAAGCGGAACAAGCUGCACAGUGUCACUAUGACCUACACACCCUGUCAUUAUACCAGGCUAAUGUUGCUUUGCUAACUAAAUGGAGAUGACUAGAGAGCUCUGCACAUAUCUCUCAGAAGACAGUUAUUUCAUUGCACUCAGUUGUUGGUGUGAAAAGAAAUUGAAUUAGUUGUGUAACAAAUGAAAAGAGAAGUAGAAACCCUGGUUCCUUUUUUAUUCCCCCUGCAACUGCCGAUUACUAAAGGUAAAUGACAGUAUGUCCCCAGAGUCUAAGGACGGUUGAUGUAACUUGACUGGGUAGCUGCAGUCAUGAUUCAUUUGUAUCAAAUCCUUUUGUUGCUACUUGAGGUCGGGUUUUUUCCUAGCAACAGUCUGUGGUUUACGCAAUAUGCGAAUAAAGUUAUAGAAUUACUUAAAUAAUAGUGUAAAAUGUUAGGAUCAGAUGUGAUACAUUAGAUAACAAUACAAAAUAUAUUUUUGUUUAAGCUAAAACCAAGACAAUGUUGAUUCUUCAGUUUUCCUCAUUAAAACAUCUCCUGUCGCCAAAGGGCUUCAUUUUUAUACUGAGAGCAGCAACAAGUUGAGUACGCCCUGCUAGAUGACUAGGUGAACUAGUUCAGAAUCUUUGAUCUCGUAAAUAAAUAAGAGAUCGUAAAUAAAACAUUUUAAAAGGUCAUUCUAGUUCAAAAUGUCACAGCUUUGUUUGAAUUUUAAAUGAGAAGUAAUGGCUCAGAUCAUCGUAUCAACCAGACCAGAUUAAACCCAUGUUUCCUCACUAGAUUCAAAUCAGCAUCACCACAGUCCUUUUCUUUUGAACUGAACAGUGAUUUCAAUACGAUCCAUCAUGCAGGGUGCACAGAGAAGAGCUGAGUCAGGAGUAAACGGCUUCAUCCACUGGCUAAUAACUUCCUGUAAAUGUGUGAAACCUUAAAUCGUGUUGGUACAUCAGAAUAAAGGGCCUUAUCAACUUUGAAGCCUGAAAGUGGAAGAAAAGCAGGUGAUUCUUACAGAAGCUGCCAAUACUGUUUGAGUGGAGUCCUGAUGUGUAGGAAACGGAUCAUUGGCAGGAUCAGAUGUUUGUAAAAAAGAUGAUCUCUGGUUUUGGGACAAAAAUAAUUCACAAACUUAAUUGUAUUCUCCUUCGCUAAGUUUGGGUCAACACUGCCUCAUUGCAGCUGCUGUUCCUCAGCAGCUCUGAGAACCUAAAAGACAUCAUUCCUGAUGCACAGCAUCUUGCUAAGCCCUAAGAAAAGUUCCAGUUUGUAGAAAUCAUAAGAGUGAAUCUGAGAAACUAAAGUGCAAUGAUUUUUCACUUGUCAUGGAGUAAUGUCCUUUCUGAAGUUUGCAUCAUCGUCUGAGUAAGGUCAGUGAGUCAGGUUGGGUUGUUUCAAAUAGUUUUCCUUCAUUAUGUACUGAACAGUUGGCCUGUUUAACAUGUCAAUGAAAUGUCCUCGAAGACGUUGCCUUGCUGUUCAGCUGAUUUUCUUACUGAAGUUCUCCUCACGCAUUUACCUUCACAUUGUGUGGACAUGUGAACUCAAAGGCUCAGUUGACGUGUGCGUACUUCUCUGGUAUCAAGUGGUGGACAGUUGUUGUCACACCCCUGAGCAGCAUGUUUCCUCUUUGCCCAGACUGACACUCAGGUAAUGUCAGAAUCUACCUCUGUAGAAAUUGUGAAAGAAGAGGCACGAGUCACCACAGCUUCAGAGGGCUUUAUUUUUACUGAAAAAGCCCACACCCUCUCUUUGAUUGUACAAUGUUCUUAUAGUCCUGUCUUUCUUUUCAAUAAACAUUUUGUAGAAUUUGCA